UUCUGGGCCUCUCCCGCGGCAUAUGGAGGUUCCCAGGCUACGGGUCGAAUCGGAGCUGUAGCCACCGGCCUACAUCACAGCCACAGCAACUUGGGAUCCGAGCCAUGUCUGCAACCUACACCAUAGCUCACUGUAACGCUGGAUCCUUACCCACUGAGCGAGACCAGGGAUCGAACCCGCAACCUCCUGGUUCCUAGUCAGAUUCGUUAACCACUGAGCCACAACGGGAACUCCUAUUAUACAAUUUUUAAAAGGAGAAAAGUAAUUCUAGCCUAUAAACUGAAAGAUGAACUACUAGGGAGCAAGAAGGGAGAGGCCCAUUAGACGGUAGUUGCAAUAUUCUAAGCAACUGGACUUCGGUUUCUAGACAGAUUCUGGCACAAGGUGGGUGUUUAAUAAACUUCAGCCACUGUGUGGUGGCUGCUGUCAUCAUCAUUGUCAGGGUAGAUACAGGGGAACUAUGGAGAAAGAUAAACUAAUGUUUUGAGUGGUUAUAUUGAGCUACAUGCAUUAUUUACCUCUUUUAGUCUGGACAAGAAUCUAAUUUCUAGAGAAUCUAAGGCUCACAGAGGCCAAAGCUAGAAAGCACAAAGCUUCAUAAAUUUCUAAUGACUCAUUUUCCAAUGUUGUGUAAACUUCCCCCUGAACCCUUGCUCUCCUCACCACCCCCACCCACCCAUCACUUUUUGUCCAGCACUUGAAAAAAAAUUCAAGCAUCUUCCCUCUUUGUUUCAUAAGUAGCAUAUUUUGAGUUAAAUAAUUCAAUAAACCAAACACUUGGAUAGAGCCUUAUUACUAAAUACGGAAUACUUUUGGACCUCUCUCAAUUUUUCACCUGAUACUCCUAAUAACUCUGAGGAAGGCAGGGCAGUUGAUUACCUAUGUUUUACAGAUGAGUAAACUAAUAUGCAGAGAGACUAAAUCAGAGGUUCUUAACCUGGUGGCCAUGAAGGUCAUGGAAUCACGUUAAAGAGUUUAUGAUCGAGUGGGCAUUUUCCAGCUUUAAUUGUAUUUACUAAGAAGUCCAUGACUCCCCCAAAGGCUGAAAAAUAGUGGGUUAAAUAAUUUGCCUAAAGCUUAAGGUCACACGGUUCUUGGUAGAACCAAGACCCCAAGCAAUUUCUUCUUGGCCCAAACUCAGAAUUUUUUUUUUACGGCCACACCUGUAGCACAUGGAAGUUCCCAGGCAAGGGGUCCAAUCCCAGCUGCAGCUGCAGGCCUACACCACAACCACAGCAAUACCAGAUCCGAGCUGCAUCUGGGACCUACCAGAUCAUGGCAACAACGGAUCCUUAACCCAAUGAGUGAGGCCAGGGAUUGAACCCACAUUCUGGUCAGGUUCUUAACCUGAGUUAAGAAGCUGAGCCACAACAGGAACUCGAAGAAUUCUUUUCAUUCCAACCAAAAUUCAAGUUAGAGAUAUUAUUAGUGAAAUACUUUUGUAAUGCCGAUAAGAUAGAAAGGUUAUUAUUUAUUCUGAAACUUCUAACUUGGGAGAAAUACUUUGGUUCAAUUGUUGGGCAGUUACCCAGCAAUCUACACAGUGUUAUAGAUGAGCAAGUCAUAACCUGGUUGUCUUUAUAACAAGCCCUAGUAUGGCUAAAUUAGAAAUGAAUCUGAUACAGUAAAUAUAUAUAAUGUAUUUCACAAUUCUUAGUAAUCUCUAAAGAAUCAUUAGGAGACACAGCUUGAUCCACUGCUGGAAAGCAGACUGAGUUGAGAAUGGGAUUUUCAUUUCUCCUGGACCAGUUAAUUAAUGUCUCAGGGUCUCCCUUGUCUCAGUUGUAAAAGGAAGAAUUAAAGUGGGUGGCUUCUCAGCUCUAACAUCCUAUGCAGUUUGAUGGGAUAAGAAUAAGAAGGUAUGAUAGGAGUUUUGUGUAUAAACUCCUCACACACCUUAUUUUCCCAAUGAGAAAGGCCGGUUCCCAAGGUGGGUCACUGGUCAUUAGCCCCAAAAGUCCGGUGGCUCACUAGACCUGCCUCUUGUGAAAGCCGGGCCUGAGUUCCCCUUAGGGGUGAAAUCGGUGCGGGCGAGCAGAGAGAAGGCUAGUUUAGGUCAAAGGUCCAGUGGGCUUAGUCCUAGACUUAGGAAUGAAGGAAAACGGGAACGCCCAAGCACAACGGAGUGAAGGGAUCUGCUUAAACAGAGGCGGUGUGCGAUCGCAGGGGGUGGGGCUCAGGGCCGGGAGGCAGUUGAAGGGCCGGGAGCGCCGCACCCACAGCCGAGCCUCAGCCGCCUAGCCUAGGCUCUCUGGGAGAAGAGGAGCCAACGCCACCCUUGGGACCCGCCCGGCCCGGGGGAAGCCACGUGAUCCAGCGCCGGGGGCGGGUAGAGGCGUGCCCUGUCCCCCGCCCCGCCCUGCGCGCAUGCGCGCGGUUCCGGGCGCUGAAAUUCAAAUUUGAACCGCCGCUGGAGGCCGAGUCCGACACUGGAGGCUGUGGGGAAGAGGAGACUAGGUUGGGAGAGUUCCCCUGCCCCAGACUGCUUGUUUUCUCCAAGUGACACACUAGACCUGCACUCACUUCUUUUCUUUUUCUGAAUUUGAGCCGCCGUUUCCGUCGUCUCGCAAUCGACACGCGAAGCCCGGGGCGAUGGACCCGUUUACCGAGAAACUGCUUGAACGAACUCGUGCCAGGAGAGAGAAUCUUCAGAGAAAAAUGGCGGAGCGGCCCAUCCCAGCAGCAAGGUCUAUGACUCAUGCCAAGAGGGUCAGGGAGCCGCUUUCGGAAGCAAGUAACCAGCAACCCCUCUCUGGUGGUGAAGAGAAAUCUUGCACAAAGCCAUCGCCAUCAAAAAAACGCUGUUCUGACAACACUGAAGUAGAAGUUUCUAACUUGGAAAAUGAAAAACCUAUUGAGUCAGCUUCUGCAAAACCUUGUUCUCCGGGUACUGUGUCUCCUCAGGCGCAGCCACAAGCGCCCGCUCCCGCCAGUGAUUCUGUGGCUGCCCCAGCAUCACUGCUGGGCAUGAGGAGAGGGCUGAACUCAAGGCUGGAAGCAACUGCAGCCUCCUCAGUGAAAACACGAAUGCAAAAGCUGGCUGAGCAACGGCGCCACUGGGAUAGCGAUGAUGUGACAGAUGAUGUACCUGAAAGCUCACACGUUUCGGCAUUGCCAUCAGAGGAAAAGGCUGCCUCCCCUCCCAAACCAUCCCUUUCUGCUGCCUCAGCAACUCCAGUUGGGAGAAGGGGCCGUCUGGCUGACCUUGCUGCAACUAUUUGCUCCUGGGAAGAUGAUGUAAAAAACUCAUCUGCAAAGCAAAACAGUGUACAAGAACAGCCUGGUACCACUUGUUUAUCCAAAUUUUCCUCUGCAAGUGGAGCAUCUGCUGGGAUCAAUAGCAGCAGUGUUAAGCAGGAAGCUACAUGCUGUUCCCAAAGGGAUGGUGAUGCCUCUUUGAAUAAAGCCUCAUCCUCAAGUGCUGUGGGUGCGUCUUUGAUUAAUGGUGCAAUUUCCAGCACAGUGAAAGCUACUUCUUCCCCAGUGAAAUCUUCUACUACAUCUGUCAUCGGUGCUAAAAAUUGUGAGGUACAAAAUCCUGAACUACUUCAAAAAACCCCUGUUAGUCCUCUGAAAACAGAGGCAUCAAAACCAAUUGAGAAGUCAACUGUGUCCCGGACAGUUCGACCCAAGGAAGAAUUAAAUAGAGAAGUCUGUCUGCAGUCUCAAUCUAAGGACAAGGCUACAACACCAGGAGGAACAGGAAUUAAGCCUUUCCUGGAACGCUUUGGGGAGCGUUGUCAAGAGCACAGCAAAGAAAGCCCAGCUCGUAGCACACCCCAUAGAACCCCCGUUAUUACUCCAAAUACAAAGGCCAUACAAGAAAGGCUAUUCAAGCAAAACGCAUCUUCAUCUACUACCCAUUUAGCACAACAGCUCAAGCAGGAGCGUCAGAAAGAACUAGCAUGUCUUCGUGGCCGAUUUGACAAGGGCAAUUUAUGGAGUGCAGAAAAAGGCGAAAACUCAAGAAGCAAACAACUAGAAACCAAACAGGAAAUCCCCUGCCAGAAUACUCCCCUCAAAAAAAGUCAAGUUAAUCCAAAUACCCCAUCACUUCCAGGAACAGAAAAGGUAACAGAAAAUCAGACACCCACAAAAACUUCUAGUACUGAACCUACAGGAUUUAGUGAAUGUGAAAUGAUGAAGUCUAGCCCAUUGAAAAUAACAUUGUUUUUAGAAGAGGAAAAGUCCUUAAAAGUAACAUCAGACCCAAAGGUUGAACAGCAGACUGAAGUGGUACGUGAAAUUGAAAUGAGUGUGGAUGAUGAUGAUGAUAUCAAUAGUUCAAAAGUAAUUAAUGACAUCUUUAGUGAUGUCUUAGAGGAAGGUGAACUAGAUGUGGAAAAGAGCCAGGAGGAGAUGGAUCAAGCAGAUGCUGACAGCAGCGAAGAACAGGAAGAUGCCCUGAACAUCUCCUCAAUGUCUUUGCUUGCUCCAUUAGCACAGACAGUUGGUGUGGUAAGUCCAGAGAGUUUAGUUUCUUCGCCAAGAUUGGAAUUGAAAGACACCAGCGUAAGUGAUGAAAGUCCAAAGCCAGGAAAAUUCCAGAGAACCCGGGUCCCUCGAGCUGAGUCUGGUGAUAGCAUUGGUUCUGAAGAUCGUGAUCUUCCUUACAGCAUUGAUGCAUAUCGAUCUCAAAGAGUCAAAGAAAUAGACCGUCCUUCAAUAAAGCAGGUGAUUGUUCGGAAGGAAGAUGUUACUUCAAAACUGGAUGAAAAAAAGAAUGGCUUUCCUUGUCAAGUUAACAUCAAACAGAAAAUGCAAGAACUCAAUAAUGAAAUAAAUUUGCAACAGACAGUGAUCUAUCAAGCUAGCCAGGCUCUUAACUGUUGUGUUGAUGAAGAGCAUGGAAAAGGUUCUUUAGAAGAAGCUGAAGCAGAAAGACUUCUUCUAAUUGCAACUGAGAAGAGAACACUUUUGAUUGAUGAGUUGAAUAAAUUGAAGAAUGAAGGGCCUCAGAGGAAGAAUAAGGCUAGUCCCACAUCCCAAAGUGAAUUUGUCCCUUCUAAAGGAUCAAUUACUUUGUCAGAAAUCCGCUUGCCUCUAAAAGCAGAUUUUGUCUGCAGUACAAUUCAGAAACCAGAUGCUGCAAAUUAUUAUUUCUUAAUUAUACUAAAAGCAGGAGCUGAAAACAUGGUAGCCACACCAUUAGCAAGUACUUCAAAUUCUCUUAAUGGGGAUGCUCUAACAUUCAGUACUACAUUUACUCUACAAGAUGUGUCCAAUGACUUUGAAAUAAAUAUUGAAGUUUAUAGCCUGGUACAAAAGAAAGAUCCCUCAGGCCCUGAUAAGAAGAAAAAAGCAUACAAGUCAAAGGCUAUUACUCCUAAGCGACUUCUCACAUCUAUAACCACAAAAAGCACCCUUCCUUCUUCAGUUAUGGCCAGUCUUAAUGCUGUGCGUACCAGCAGCUUUGCCCUUGUUGGAUCUUACACACUGUCAUUAUCCUCAGUAGGAAACACUAAAUUUGCUCUGGACAAGAUAAAUUAUGAUCUAAAAGAGCGAGAGCUACUGGGCUAUAUGUUCCAGGAAAAGGUACCCUUUCUAUCUCCUUUGGAAGGUCAUAUAUAUUUAAAAAUAAAGUGUCAAGUGAAUUCAAGUGUUGAAGAAAGAGGUUUUCUAACCAUAUUUGAAGAUGUUAGUGGUUUUGGUGCCUGGCAUCGGAGGUGGUGUGUUCUUUCUGGAAACUGUAUCUCUUAUUGGACUUACCCAGAUGAUGAGAAACGGAAGAAUCCCAUAGGAAGACUAAAUUUGGCCAAUUGUACCAGUCGUCAGAUAGAACCAGCCAACAGAGAAUUUUGUGCAAGACGCAACACUUUUGAACUCAUUACUGUCCGACCACAAAGAGAAGAUGACCGAGAGACUCUGGUCAGCCAAUGCAGGGACACACUGUGUGUCACCAAGAACUGGCUCUCUGCAGAUACCAAGGAGGAGCGGGAUCUCUGGAUGCAAAAACUCAAUCAAGUUCUUGUUGAUAUUCGCCUCUGGCAACCUGAUGCUUGCUAUAAACCUAUUGGAAAGCCUUAAACUAUGGGACAUUUCCAUGUUAUAUAGAGGUUUUCUGACCUAUGUCAUAAAUGUAUCUUAAGAGCAUCAGAUUUGCUGAUUGCAUUUUAUGCUUUAAGUAUGAAAGGGUAUGUGCCAAUAUUCAUUCACUACAUAUUAUACAGUAUUUAUAUCUUUUGUAUGUAAAACAUCACCUGAUUUCUCUUGUUAUUCAUAAAUGACUGGAAGAAAAAAUUUAUUAUAGUUGAUUUUGCUAAAUUUAAAAAGUUUCAUUUACCUAUAAAUCUAAUUACUCAAUUAUUCAUGGUAAAAAUUUUCUUAGAGUAAGAAAUUCUGAGUUGCCCUCUUGGAGCCGUGGGUCUCAAAGUAGGAAAGAUCUUUCAGGGCUGGAGACAAAAAUUUGACUUGAUCGUCUUUUCUCUAGCCUCAGUACUUUUUUCUGAAGGUUGUGGUCAUUUAUGGAUCCUAAUAUAUCUUGUUACUAGAUACUGAGAAAAAAUUCCAAGGGACUUUGGAGAAACAUGUCUAGUAACGGAGAUAAGAACUUUUUCAAAAUAGCAAAUGUAUGUUAGUUUAAAGCUUAAGGCUGCCUUCAAAUAAGAGAUGUGGACAAUGGGGGUUAUUGUAUGAGAUUUGGGGGUUAAAUGUUUUAUUUAGAAGACUUAAUAAUCACAUGGUUUACAUUUACUCAGUUACUAUAGAUGCUGUGUGGUGCACAUUUUCAUGGAAUACAGGCUUUUAAAAACAACGAUUUUUGCUAUAUUGCUUACAGACUCCUCAAAUAAUACUUGGUAAAUUAGUUUUUCCUGCUCUUAUAACAAGAACAAAUGUAAAUUAAAGAAUCUUUAUAUAAGAAAAGUAAACUUUACCAAGCUGCUAUGGACUAAUACUUUGCUUGCCAAAGUUCUUGUCUUUUUUUUUUUUUUCACAUCCAUGUAGGACAGUGUUUAGGAACUCAUUAGGAAAAUCAUCUGAAAAACUGUUAAGUCAUGUAUUACCUUUAAAAGCCUAAUGCCUUUUUUUAAUUAUAAAAUAUUGUAAAGCAUGGUCUCAAGUUUAAGUACACUUUGAAUUUUUUCUUUGAAUUGUUAAAGUUAUUGAUGGUUUCAUUUAUAAACACUAAAUUCUGUCACUUCCUGUCAUUUUAUCUUUUAUUCAUUCAAAUAUGUUUUUUCUUAUGUGUAUUAUAAAAAAUAUAUUUUAUGAUCUCCUACCUAAAUAAAUACUUGCAAAUGGC